AUGCACCAUGGCAUGGGAGUGUCAGCGGGCGAUCGUCGCUGCGGCAAAAAUACGGCGAUGCAGCCCGGGAACGGGAUCUGCGAUAAGAUCGAGAAUUACAUAUCGGAGCUUGGACAAUGGUCAGUAUGGAGAGCGAUAAUAAUGGGGCAAUUCCUGUCCCUGGUACUAUGCUUCAUGACGCUCGCAAAUCAUCACAUCAACACCGAGUAUCAGCUCGCGCUUCCAACCGGACAAAAUCUUCCGCAUUACAUUAUGAUGUGCCUUGUAUACACAACCUGGAUGUCCUGCAGAGGGGCAGGGAACGGUCUAAUUUCAGUGAUAAGAGCCCGUGGAUGGAGGUACUUGCUGCUGGCGCUCAUUGACGUUGAAGCAUGCACACUUAUAACAUCCUCGCAUCAAUUCACCAGCUUAGCGAGUAUACAGCUGCUUGACUGCGUGGCCAUACCGGUCGCUCUGGCGCUCUCGUUUUUGGUUCUCGGGGUGAGGUACAGAAUGGUGCACAUUGUCGGUGUUUCUGUUUGUUUGAUGGGGGUGGGGUGUUUGGUUUGGGCAGGGAUCGAUGACAAUAAAGACCCUGCGACCACAGGGAAGAAUCAACUCGUCGGUGAUAUGUUGUGCCUCGGUGGUGCGGUAUUAUUCUCGAUAACGACGGUUCUCCAAGAAUUAGCCGUGAAGACGAUCGACAUUAUCGAGUAUCUAGGCAUGAUCGGUUUCUUCGGUACCAUAUUGUGCUUCAUGCAAUCAGGUAUACUGGAAAGUGUAGACACGUUUCAGUGGAACAACGAACCGGUGAUCACGUUCUUGGUGGUUUACUGUAUCACCCAAUUCGUGUUCUUCUCGUUGGUGCCUGUUAUACUCUUCGAAUCCGGUGCAACGGCAUUGCAGUUAGCAUUGCUGACAGCAGAUUCUUUCAACGUUUUCUCUGGCAUGCUGGUCCAUCAGUACAAGUUUCACGCAUUGUAUUUCGCCUCGUACGCCCUCACAAUGACAGGCAUCUACAUCUACGCGAUAAAGAGAACACCGAUGUCGACGAACUCACGGAGACAGCCACACGCUGAACCCUCUGCUCCAGAUUACAGACACAUGUCUCAUCCCGACGUCGGAGAGGUGGAAAUGGCGACAAGUUCAGGGAUGUCCGGCGUGAGCGGAACCCUCGACGUGAAGGCGUCGACCCUUAGCAGCGAAAAAGAAACGAUGGACGCGACGAGUUUACCGCCGAGUGUCAGCUCUGACACGGCCUUCACCUCGUUUUACGGGAGUUAUUACGAAUAA